GUGAAGGUGCUGGUGCCGGAUGGGGGUGCUGGGGGGUGAUGGUGUAGGAUGGAGGAUGCAGGAUUGGGGUACUAGUGCCAGAUUGGGGUGCUGGUACAGGCUGUUGGCACAGGAUUCGGGUGCUGGUGCAGGCGCGGGAUUUGGGGUGCUGCUGCAUUCCCCCAGCCCAGAGCACACCCCUGGGCAGGACCAGACACCCCCAUGCCCAGACCCACUGCGCCUCGGGGUACCCGGGGCUGGGGUCACUACCACGGAGCCGCCCCCAGCCCUCUCUUGCCUUGCAGCCACACCAACACACAACCACCGCCGGGCCUGCCUGAAGAUGAAGGUGUUUGUCUGCUGCGCCUCCACGUCACACUCCGGGGAGAAGCUGGCGCCCACCCUGCCCCAGUUCACCCUGCGGCCCGAGGUGAAGAUCGAGGACCUGGAAAACUUCAACCCGGAGAUGCCGAAGCUGGAGAAGAGCAUCAGCGGCACCAGCCCCAAGCGGGAACACUUGCCCCUGGCCGUGGCCGCCGCGCUCUUCCUCAUGACCCUGUUGGCCUCGUAGCUCCCGGCGCCCGCGGGGGCCCGGCCAGCGCCGCUCUGCCGAGUGCGGCCCCCCCGA